GCAAUAUCCAGGAACUUUCUUAAACAGAAAAAAUUGAACUUACAUAUGCAUACUACUUGUUAUAAACUUCACUACAUUAUUCAAUUCCCAUGUAAGUAAGCUGCAAAUUGUGUUCAUUUGACCAUUUACUGAGCACCCAAUUAUAGGACAAAAACUCAAUAUGAUGAUGAAACCCAAGCAGGACAAAUAUGUAAGGUUUGAGGACCGGAAGUUGGAACAAUCAUCCUUCAGCGUUGACCAUAAAAGUUCGUCGACUAAUAGGCCAUUUUGUGUCAAAAAAACAUCAGCUAGCUCGUUGAUGAGAAGCGUAAAAAGAAGGAUUGAGAAGGGUUCUGAAAGAAUAAGUAGCAGGAGAAAACCAGUUCGCGUCCAUCGUGUAACAAAAGAUCAAUCUAUUGCAUCAAACAAGAGAGUUCUUGAUCCUCAGGGUCAAUUUCUUCAGAAAUGGAACAAAGUAUUUAUAUUGGCUUGUGUAUUUGCGGUGUCACUUGAUCCGUUGUUCUUCUACAUUCCUGUUAUUGAUGACAAAAAUAAGUGCCUAGAUUUGGACAACACGUUAAAGAUCACUGCUUGCGUUCUUCGUUCUAUCACUGAUCUUUUCUAUGUCUUUCACAUUGUCUUGAAAUUUCGUACUGGCUUCAUUGCUCCUUCUUCUCGAGUUUAUGGAGUGGGUGAGUUAAUUGAAGAUUCCUCUGCUAUAGCCAAGCGAUAUUUGUUAUCUUAUUUCAUCGUUGACGUUGUAGCAGUCCUUCCACUCCCACAGAUUGUGAUAUUGAUUAUCGCUCCCAACGUGAAUGGCCCCAUUGCUCUGGCGACGAAAGAAAUGUUGAAGAUUGUAAUUUUUGCUCAAUAUGUUCCAAGACUUUUUAGAAUUUAUCCAUUGUCCAAAGAAAUAGAAAGGACUACAGGCUUCUUUAAUGAGAGUGCAUUGGGUGGAGCUGUUUUCAACCUUUUCCUCUACAUGUUGUACAGUAAUGUAAUUGGAGACUUUUGGUAUUUGUUCUCGAUAGAACGCCAAGAUACAUGCUGGCGCAACGCGUGUGACAAGAUCCCCAACUGUUUGUCAGACUACUUAUAUUGUGGAGGAAAAAUGAAUGGAAGUGCUUUUUUACUGAAUUCUUCUUGCCCUCUCCAACAAGAAGAUAUAAAAGAUCCAAAUGAAUUUGAUUUUGGAAUCGCACUCGAUGCUCUUCAGUUUCAGGUUGUGGAAAAAAGAAAAUUCCGGACCAAACUCUUGUAUUGCUUUUGGUGGGGGCUGAGAAACUUAAGUUCCCUUGGCCAAAACCUUAAGACAAGUACCUUCGAUGGAGAUAUUAUCUUUGCCGUCUUCAUCUCAAUCGUUGGGCUUAUAUUGUUUUCCUUGAUUAUUGGCAAUAUGCAGAAAUUUAUGCAAUCUAACCUGGUUAGAGUAGAAGAGAUGAGAAUGAGAAGGCGGGAUGUCGAACAGUGGAUGUCUCAUCGCAUGCUUCCCGACAAUCUGAGAGAGCGAAUUAGAAGACAUGAACAGUACAAAUGGCAAGAAACAAAGGGAGUUGAGGAAGAUUCACUCAUUCAAAGUCUUCCUAGAGACUUGAGGAGAGAUUUAAAGCGACAUCUCUGUUGGUCUUUGCUGAAAAGAGUUCCUAUAUUUGAGAAAAUGGACGACCAAUUACUGGACGCUUUGUGUGACAGAUUGAAACCAGCACUCUUCACGGAGAAGAGCUUCAUAAUCCGAGAAGGUGAUCCAGUAGAAGAAAUGCACUUUAUAAUGAGAGGUACAUUGUUAACUAUGACCACAAAUGGUGGAAGGACUGGUUUUUUCAACUCUGUUCAUCUCAAGGCUGGUGACUUCUGUGGUGAUGAGCUUUUGACAUGGGCUUUAGACCCUCAUACUUCCUGCAGUAGUCUUCCGAUUUCGACUAGAACAGUGCAGGCUGUAACUGAUAUAGAAUCUUUUUCCCUCACUGCUGAUGACCUCAAGUUUGUCGCCUCACAAUUUAGACGUCUGCAUAGCAAGCAACUUCAGCAUACUUUCAGGUUCUUCUCACAACAAUGGAGGACAUGGGCAGCAUGCUUUAUACAAGUAGCAUGGCGUCGACACUGCAGGAAAAAACUCGAGAAAUCCUUAAGAGAGGAAGAAGAUAAAUUGCAGGUUGCAUUAGCUAAAGAGAGCACAAAUGCAUCAAGUCUUGGAUCUAUCAUAUAUGCAUCAAGGUUUGCAGCUAAUGUACUACGCGCCUUGCGAUGCAACAAUACAACUGGUACCAGAUCAUUACCUCUACUGUUUCAUAAACCAGCUGAACCAGAUUUUAGUGAGAAAAAAUGAUUCAUGAACUAGAAAUGUUGAAUAUGUUUAUAUUGGUGGAUUUACAUUUUCUUUAUAUUUUAGAAAACAAAUCCUUGAGUAGCACAUAUGGUAUAUCUUGAUUCAUUAGGAUUCUGGUACAUAGAAACACACUGUUCUGUUUCUAUUAAACUUCAGGGACAGUAAGGAAAUAAACCAAAAGUUACAAUGACAGAAUGAUGUAUUUAGAGAUGGUCUUAAUUGAACAUAAUAAAAGGUUAGUCAGGUAAUCACCCUUUGCAUU